CUUAUUUUGGUGUUUACGACUAGACUGGUGGGAAUAUUUUGUUAUCGUGAGCAAAACUCAACGAAAAGACUCUCCUUCUAUCACAAGCCUCGUUAGAAAUGACCGAUUACAAUUACACUCGACCCAAAGACCAAACCACGGGUAAUGGUGAUGUUUUAGGCGACAAGGGUAGAGAAGCUCUCCGUGCCUGUGUGAAGGUGACAAUUUACGGCAGACCAGAAACACGAAGAUAUAACUAUAAAGAGGCAGUGGAGCGAGUUAAGAAUUGUUAUGCUUCUCCCGAGAGACUAAAUUCAGUAGUAUGGAAAGAAUUUCCAGGCCCUUCACGUGACAAAGAUAGGGAUUGUCUUGUGGAAAAAACGUUUAAUGUUGUCGAUAUUUACAACGCACUUGAUAAGUUUGACAGUAUGAGUUACGUUGAAAAGUAUCCAAAAGGAGAGCCUGGGUCUGAGAAGACGAAAUUGUUGAUUGACAAACGAAGAGCUGACAUCGAAAAAGAGUUGAAGGAAGCCACUUGUAACCCAGAUAAAAGACAUCGAUAUUCUCUGAGUGUUGCACAACGACGAGUGAGGGAUUGUUAUGCUGGUAACUUUCUAUCGGAUGGGGAGAUACUAGAACUAGCAUCUUUGAACCGUGAUAAGUACAACAUUGAGGACAUUUGUAAAACUGUUGAUCGCCUUGACAGAUGCAAUCCUGAAACAUACAGUUACAAAGAAAGAGAAGCGUACAUGGAAAUCAGCUCCAACAGGGCUGAUUUGCAAAAGAAGUAUGAGGAAGCAGUUGCUUCUACUGGUACUCUGCACAUAUAUGAACGCAUAGAGGACGCAGUAAAGUGUUUGCAGGCAUGUUAUCAUAAAAAACAUUGUUAUGUUUCUCGUCAUUCAGUUUUUCCCUGUGAGAUAUGUAAACAUCCUGAAUAUCCGGCUUCCCUUAAAGUGUACUGCAUUUUUAAAUUGCAUGAUGCACUUCGCCGUCAUGACAAAAAUAUGCGGGGGCUUCAUAAAUAUCCUGAUCAUGGACCUGGGUCUGACAAGCUAAAGAAUUUGAUUGAUGAACACAGAGCUGAUUUAAGCAAAGAGUAUGAGAAGUUUCUCAAGAGUGAUAAAUCAAAGCUCUCAGCUCGUGAAUAUUCCCGCAGUGAAGCUGAGCGCUGUGUGAGAGAUUGUUUUGCAGGCUCCUUUUACGGAGAUGUGGACAUAUUCCCUACAAAGAAAGAUGAGAGUGGAAUGCCAAGUAUUUUUCAAACUUUUGACAUUUUUGACAUAAAACAAUCUCUGGAUUAUUUUGAUACACAAAAGCCUUUUGAGAAGUAUCCUGAAAGUGGGCACAUAACUGAUAACAGAAAGAAAGAAGUGGAAGCCAUGAGGGCUGAUAUUGAACAAGACUAUAAAGUAGCCACUACCAAGUGUGAUACUGAGCAUGGCUCAGGAUUCAUCAUUGGUGAUCACUUUAUACUCACCAACAAGCAUGUGAUUCAGACAUAUCUAGAUGAGGAAGACAGUUAUGAAAUUCACAUUUCUAAUGCAUCCAUUGGUGAAUUGUCUUGUAAGGUUGCCCAUUGUGAUCCAGUAAAAGAUCUCGCUUUGCUAUAUUGCCAAGAUCUUAAUUCACAGCAAAGAAGCAUUUGUCCAUUACAGUUAUCAAUCCAGCCAUUGCUUCCAGGAAUGCAGAUUUUCUCGUUUGGUUAUCCUUUGAGUCACACAGGAAAAACUGCCCUUUUAGUGACUGGUAAUGUUUCUGGCUCUAAGGAAACUUUAUCAGGUCAUUUAAUGGCAGUGUUGAACUGCUCCUUGAAUUCUGGAAAUUCAGGUGGCCCUGUUGUCUCCUGGAUAAACAAUCAGUUAAAGGUUGUUGGCAUGGCAACACAGAAGCAUUUUAAAGAGAUUCUAACACCGGAGGAAAGAAUUGUGAUUGAAAGGAUAAGAGAGUCUAUGCAAACCUGCACUAUUCAGGUGUCAGAUCGAGCGGUGGAUGAUUUUGUUCUUUCAAAGAGACAUUCAUUUGAUUCAGAUUCGUAUCAGAUAUCAAUCCAACUGCUCACACUAAAACUGUAUGAUGCUUUGGAAACACAUUCUCAGUUCAACUUAAGCAAUGCAUUGUCAGCGAAAUUUGUGGUUGAGUUUAUCAAAAACUUCACCACUGAAUACACUGGGGAGUUUAAAGAAGAGUUAGAAAUCCUUUGCCAAGAGUAUGAUGUUUGCAAUUAAUUUAAAUGGAAGACAAUAUAAUUGAAAUUUAACAUCAGUUGCCUGUUGUUCCUCUGGUAAAAACAGGCUUUGUUUACAGCAUAGUUCACUCUCUCUGUCACUGAAGAGAGAUCACAGUUAAAGGCAGCAACAACUGUGCAAUUUAACCCUUUAACUUCCCUUAGCAACCAAGACAGAAUUUCUCCUUAUAAUACCAAUACAUGAUCAAGCAGACAAGUAAUGAGAAUAAAGAAAAAUAUCAAUGAGAUUAUUUAUUGAUGCAAUACCAAAUUCUCCAAACUAACGUCAUAAGAAUUGAUAGUAGACAGAACAGAGAAUUACAAAUGAGAUCUGGGAGUGAAAGGAUUGAGACAUAAUUUUAUCUUGUGCAUACAUAUAUUCUCUAUGAAACCCUCAUAUAAUUUGCUAUUGUAGAAGUAGUGAUAGAUAGUGUAUGCUACAACAAACAUAAUUAUGACAUCUUAAACCUAUCAAGGCAAAAAAUGUAAAGUGGUCUCUAUUACAUGUAUAUGAGUGAAUCUGCCAGGUUGAAAAAAUUUGUUUGCCAGAUAAGAUGUAUCAAAUUGUUAUGCUUGUGUAGACAGAAAUUAAAUGUAGUGGUUUACAGGAAAGAGACUUACCAUUAGGCAGCUAGUACAUGU